AAACCACUACCCAUGCAUAACCCCUGUCAAUGGGAGGGUCAUAUUCCUCGACAAUUUCAUAUUCCUCUUUCUCUGGUUUCUUUAAAGGUUCCAUCUCCGUCUCUUCCGCUGGUAUAUUCUCCAUCAUGCUUUCACUGCCCUCGGUUAAUCCUUUAUCGGUCAUAUUGUCUGUUGUCUCUUAACUUAGACCAACCUGUUUAUACUCUAGCUGUUACUAAGAUGCUUGCAUGUACAUGUGUAGGACUGCAGAACAAGGAAUGGAGAGAUGAUAAUGCCUGUACUGCUAUUUUAUCCACAUUCCACAAUCAGCCAGUCUCAAGUAUGAAUAUUCCAGUACAAGUUCGAUAUUGAAUACAUACAGUAAUCCAUCAACAAUUCAACAUU